AUGUCCCGACAACUCAUCUCGAGCGAGAAGUUCCCUCCCAAGCCACAUAACUGCCCGGCGACUAAGGUUCCCGGUCUCGUCUUCUGUGCAGGACAGACUGCCACUGGAGAGAUCAAGCAGGCUACUAGAACCGUGUUGCAGAAUCUAAAGGAGGUUCUUGAGCUAUCCGGCUCGUCCCUCGAACAGGUCGUCAAAUACAACGUCUACCUUGCCGACAUGAAGGAUUUCGCGGCCAUGAACGAGGUUUACAUCGAUUUCCUGCCUAAGCCAAUGCCUUCUCGAUCCUGCCUCCAGGCUGUUCCCCCGGGAGAUGGGACUGUCAUUGAGAUCGAGUGCAUUGCCCAGGCUUAA